GAAAUUUACAUAUGUGUUGCCAAAUCCGUCUGUUUGCGAGUGCUUAUCCAAGUGGACUCACUUCAGGUUCUAACUUCUAGGGUCAGAGAUGUCUAGAGACUGGCAAUGAUAGCAAAUCUGUUCGGUCCGACAUUUGCUAUCUCGCACUAUGAAACUAAAGAUUAUAUCAUACGAGUUGCCGUCCUGGUGAACUUUGCUUGAAAUUCCGAAAUGCGCGACUCGCCUCGUGGCUGACUCGGAGUGGCUCAUUCGACGGUAUCCUAGGCCUGACCGGUCAACCCUUCAUCCGUCCUUGUGCUGCUGCAAUAGUAUGGAGGAGCCCACAGCGGACAGACUCGGAGGGGCAGUAAUGUCCCUACGUCAUCGCCUGCUUCUACUCGCUGUAUGAUCAUAUCUGACCUUCAGUGGAAAAUCUUCCAGCUCGUCGACGACACGGACCUCUCGAGAAAUAAGACGCUGCUGGCGCUUGCUUUGACGUGCAAGCCAUUCACUGGACCUGCACUGGACCUUUUGUGGCAAGGCCUGUGUGGGCUUGCACCACUUAUCAGAUGUCUCCCACAAAGCCUGUGGAAACCUGUGGAAGGAAAACUGGAAAUUCAAAGAGCCAUGACUUUCGAUGACUGGUGUAUUUUUUGCAAAUACAAUCAUCGUGUCCAUUCACUCAACACAUCAGUCGAUGGGGUGAUUCCGGUUGGUACCGGAAUAUGGCGUACCCUCAGCUGUCCUCCCUUCUCCCUUCCCGUUGCUCCCAAACUUGACGUCUCUCAUUUGGAGUGAG